UUAUUACAACUCUUCCAGUACCUCCUGAAAAACGUGUGCAACGCGAACGCAAUUAUUCAGUAUUCGAGAAAAAUUCCAAUCGCAAAAAAUAAAAAAAUCUUUGAAAUAAAAGUGUAUUAUUUGUGAAACAAUUGAAUAAAUCUAAAAAAUAAAACAAAAUGUUGCGCGCUACAAAGUUUUUGCCACGUUUGAUUGGACAACGUCAGGCCACCGCUUUGGUGUCGGGGAAAAAUUCUAGCAUAUUCGAAAAUCAAUUAGCCGCUCUGAACAAUGGACUUGCCGCACAAUUGCGUCACAAAUCUGGUGAAGUCAAAGGUGCUGUCAUCGGUAUUGAUUUGGGUACCACCAACUCAUGUGUGGCAGUUAUGGAAGGCAAACAGGCUAAGGUUAUUGAAAAUGCCGAAGGUGCCCGUACCACACCAUCUCAUGUAGCUUUCACCAAGGAUGGCGAACGUUUGGUUGGUAUGCCUGCCAAACGUCAAGCUGUUACCAAUGCCGCCAACACAUUCUAUGCCACCAAACGUUUGAUUGGUCGCCGUUUCGAUGAUCCUGAAAUUAAAAAAGAUUUAAAGAAUUUGUCAUAUAAAGUGACCAAAGCCUCGAAUGGUGAUGCCUGGGUUCAAUCUUCGGACGGUAAAGUGUAUUCUCCAUCGCAAAUUGGUGCUUUUGUGUUGAUGAAAAUGAGAGAGACUGCUGAAGCCUAUCUGAAUACACCUGUGAAGAAUGCUGUCGUUACCGUACCCGCCUAUUUCAAUGAUUCGCAACGUCAGGCCACCAAAGAUGCUGGCCAAAUUGCCGGUCUGAAUGUAUUGCGUGUGAUUAACGAACCUACUGCUGCUGCUUUGGCUUAUGGCAUGGACAAGACUGAGGAUAAAAUCAUUGCCGUUUACGAUUUGGGUGGUGGCACUUUCGAUAUUUCAAUUUUGGAAAUCCAAAAGGGUGUCUUCGAAGUCAAAUCCACCAAUGGUGACACCAUGUUGGGCGGCGAAGAUUUCGACAAUGCCAUCGUCAACUAUUUGGUUGCCGAAUUCAAGAAGGGCAGCGGAAUUGACAUUACCAAGGAUUCGAUUGCUAUGCAACGCCUGAAGGAGGCUGCUGAAAAGGCCAAGUGCGAAUUGUCAUCUUCUCAACAAACCGACAUUAAUUUGCCUUACUUGACCAUGGAUGCCGCUGGACCCCAACACAUGAACUUGAAAAUGACCCGCUCGAAGUUGGAAAGUCUUGUAGGCGAUCUAAUUAAGCGUACCAUUCAACCCUGCCAAAAGGCUUUGUCUGAUGCCGAAGUCAACAAGUCUGAUAUUGGAGAAGUUUUGUUGGUAGGCGGUAUGACCCGUAUGCCCAAGGUACAGCAAACCGUGCAAGAUUUGUUUGGACGCCAGCCCUCACGCUCUGUGAAUCCCGAUGAAGCUGUUGCUGUAGGUGCCGCUGUUCAAGGUGGUGUCUUGGCUGGUGACGUAACAGAUGUCUUGCUAUUGGAUGUAACUCCCUUGUCAUUGGGUAUUGAAACUUUGGGUGGUGUAUUCACUCGCUUGAUUACCCGCAACACCACCAUUCCCACUAAGAAGUCUCAAGUGUUCUCGACUGCUGCCGAUGGUCAAACCCAAGUGGAAAUUAAGGUUCAUCAAGGAGAACGUGAAAUGGCCGCCGAUAACAAGAAAUUGGGUUCCUUCACCUUGGUUGGUAUUCCUCCAGCCCCCCGUGGUGUGCCACAAAUUGAAGUUGUCUUCGAUAUUGAUGCCAACGGUAUUGUGCAUGUGUCUGCCAAGGAUAAGGGUACCGGCAAGGAACAACAGAUUGUUAUUCAAUCCAGUGGUGGUCUUAGCAAAGAUGAAAUCGAAAAUAUGGUCAAGAAGGCCGAAGAAAUGGCAGCCCAAGAUAAGAAGAAGCGUGAAUUGGUAGAAUUGGUGAAUCAAGGUGAAAGCAUUGUACACGAUACAGAAACCAAAAUGGAAGAAUUCAAGAGUCAAUUGCCUGCUGAAGAGUGCGAGAAACUGAAGAAGGAAAUCACUGAAUUGCGUGAACUGUUGGCCAACAAGGAGACAGCUGAACUAGAGGAUGUACGCAAAGCCACCAGCAAUUUGCAACAAUCCUCAUUGAAACUAUUCGAAAUGGCAUACAAAAAGAUGGCUUCUGAACGUGAAAGCCAAAAUGCCGGCAGCAGUUCGUCAGAAGAACAACCCAGCAGCGAAGAAAAGAAAACCGAGGGCAAGAAUUAAGGAUCUCCUUUGACAUUCUUAGUAACUGUCUUCUAAUUUUAUUUUAAUUUUAUAUAUAUAGUUAUGUUGACAAUAAGUUAUUUCCUCCUCACUACUCUAGGGCUUAAAUUUGAUUUUUUUUAAUUAGCAAAGAACAAUUAUCAUCCCUGUAUCCAGUCGUAGGGCAACAUAAAGUUUUUAUUGUUUAUUAUGCUUGCCCGCAUAUCAUGGAAGCCAAUUUUUCUGGCUUUACGCAUGAUGUGUGAGUGGAUGCAUAUGGACAAACCCCUCGUUUUUUUUUUGUGUGGGCGUAAUACGGUUCGAACGUAAUACUUUAUAGAUUUUACCUUAGUUUCUAGCGUUUAGUAGUAGCGUAUUGCGCUUUAAAUCCCCCUUGUACAUUGAAAAUGAAACGAAUCACAUUAACUAGAGUAGUAGACCAUAAAACACCCCAAUCGCCGCCGCCAUCCAUUGAAUUUGGUUUGUUUGUUCCCCUUGUGAUCCCUUACUACUCUUUAGGCCCUCUCCCAGUGUCCCUCUUUUAAUUUGUUCAGACUUUUGUAAAACUCUCUUUGCAAAAGAAGCAGGAUAUCAUUUUUACUUUGAGAGAAAUCAAGCAAAAACAAAAACAAACGAUCGACUUUUUUUACAAAUAAUUUUCCAUGAAUUGUAUCUAAAGGAUAUCACCAAAAAUUAAUUUGCGAUAUUCUAUUUUAGUUUAAAUUAAGCUUUUUUUGUUAUAUGGAAUGUAUUACCCAUUAUUUCGGUAAUGUGUUCUGCUCGUGUGUUUCAAACGAAAAGAAGGAUACUGUAAAAAGGAUAAACCAAAACAUUUAUUAUAAAUAAAAAAAAUAUCUAGUUACAUAUUUACAGAAGAAAUAAAAAAACACAAAUUUUAAA